AUGGGCGCACACAGUUUGCCACCAGCUUCACAAAGCAUAGGACAUGAUGUGCCUUCAUCGCAGCUGGAAAUCACCCAAUCCCAGCAGCAGCUUCUUAAGAAAGUGCGGCCAGGAAAUAACGAGGAACCGCUGAAUUUUGAGUCUGAGUUGUUGGCAAUGAGCAAAAGAGCCGAGGGAAUACACGAGGAAACACAAGUAUGGGCCCGGCCUUCCCUCCCGAAAGAUUUCACCAAUGCUGACAUAUCUUUCCAGCAAUUAGAUGCAGAGGAGGCGUCCAGCGGUGAUGCUACAAUUGCCCGUUUUUUUGGUAUCACUAGUGAGGGCCAUUCCGUGCUCUGUAACGUCACGGGAUUCUUGCACUACUUCUAUGUGCCUGUGCCCCGAGGCUUCUUAAGAGACCAACAUUUGGCCAAGUUUGCGUCAUACUUGAAGGCUGCAUUCUACGGAGUUGAAGACGUAACGAUGUCCUUGAAAGAAUCUAUCUGGGGGUUUGCGAACAACAUGAAGACACCAUUCUUCAAGGUCAUUGUGAAGAAUGCCAAAGACAUCGCUAAGCUCAGAGGUGCUUUCGAAAGAGGCGAAGUGAGAUACGAAGACUUUUUUCCUGUUGGCCUGUCUCCAACUUUUGACAACAUUACCUACCUUCUCAGGUUGAUGAUAGACUGCAAAAUCACGGGCAUGUCGUGGAUCACCUUGCCAAAGGGCAGGUACACAUUGAUAAGCCCGGGUUCAGCUAUUUCUACGUGUCAAGUAGAAUGCUCUAUUGAUUACAGAGACUUGGUUUCUCAUCAACCGGAAGGAGAGUGGCUUAAAAUGGCACCCUUGAGAAUCAUGUCUUUCGAUAUUGAAUGUGCUGGUAGGAAAGGAGUGUUUCCUCAGGCACAGAUCGAUCCUGUCAUUCAGAUUGCAAAUGUGAUACUGAGGCAAGGUGAGGCUCGACCUUUUGUUCGUAACGUUUUUACUGUCAAAAGCUGUGCAUCCAUAAUUGGUUCUGAGGUGUUCUCUCACGAGGAAGAGGCCGAUAUGUUAAUGGCAUGGAGAGACUUUGUUGUACAGGCAGAUCCGGAUGUUAUAAUUGGAUAUAACUCCGCCAAUUUUGAUUUGCCUUAUUUGUUAGACAGAUCGAAGGCUCUUGGUUUGCCCAAAUUCCCCUAUUUUGGAAGAUUGGUGAACGUGAAACAAGAAGCUAAAGAUUCUGUAUUCAGUUCCCGUGCGUAUGGUACGAGAGAGAACAAGGUGGUCAAUAUUGAUGGCCGAAUGCAGCUUGACUUACUCCAAUUCAUUCAACGCGAGUACAAACUCAGAUCAUACACGUUGAACUCCGUCUCUGCCCACUUCUUAGGCGAGCAGAAAGAGGACGUCCAGCACUCUAUCAUCACAGAUCUUCAAAAUGGGAAUGCGGAAACCAGAAGAAGAUUGGCCGUCUAUUGUUUGAAAGAUGCAUAUUUGCCCCUCAGAUUGCUUGAAAAAUUGAUGUGUCUAGUCAACUACACAGAAAUGGCAAGAGUUACGGGUGUUCCGUUUUCCUAUCUCUUGUCCCGAGGACAACAAAUCAAAGUCAUUUCCCAAUUGUUCCGGAAAUGUCUAGAAGAGGACAUCGUUGUGCCCAACAUGAAGAGUGAGGGAGGAAACGAAGAAUAUGAAGGUGCAACAGUAAUUGAACCUGAAAGGGGCUACUACGACGUUCCAAUUGCCACUUUGGAUUUCAGCUCUUUAUAUCCCUCGAUCAUGAUGGCCCAUAACUUGUGUUACACUACGCUUAUAAACAAGAAUGCGAUUGAAGCUUUUAAGUUGACCGAGGACGACUAUACCCACACCCCGAAUGGUGACUACUUCGUCAAAGACCACAAGAGAAAAGGGAUUCUCCCAACCAUCUUGGAUGAGCUUUUGACUGCAAGAAAAAAGGCAAAGUAUGACUUAAAAAACGAGACCGAUCCUUUCAAAAGAGAUGUCCUUAAUGGUAGACAAUUAGCAUUGAAAAUUUCAGCCAACUCUGUGUAUGGGUUCACGGGUGCUACAGUUGGAAAGCUUCCGUGCUUGGCAAUCUCGUCUUCUGUGACGGCUUUUGGAAGAGAGAUGAUCGAGAAAACUAAAAAUGUGGUGCAAGAGAAGUACAAUACGGGAAACAACUAUGAUUACGACGCUCAGGUCAUAUAUGGUGAUACUGAUUCUGUCAUGGUCAAGUUUGGCCCUCAAGACUUAGAGACAUGUAUGAAGCUAGGGGAGGAAGCUGCUGAUUACGUGUCGACCCACUUCAAGCAUCCGAUCAAAUUGGAGUUUGAGAAGGUUUACUUCCCAUACUUGCUCAUCAACAAAAAGAGGUAUGCCGGGUUGUACUGGACGAGGCCUGAUAAGUUCGAUAAGAUGGACACAAAAGGUAUUGAGACAGUGAGAAGAGAUAAUUGCCGAAUGGUCCAAAAUGUCAUCACAAAAGUUUUGGACUACAUCUUAGAAGAAAGAAAUGUGGAGAAAGCUGAGAGGUUUGUGAAACAGACUAUUGCCGAUUUAUUACAGAAUAGAAUCGAUUUGUCACAAUUGGUCAUUACCAAAGCAUAUUCGAAGCACGAAUAUGAUGGUAAACAGGCACAUGUGGAACUUGCAAAGAGAAUGAAAAAAAGAGACCCAGGCUCAGCACCAAACUUAGGUGACCGAGUGGCCUACGUCAUCAUCAAUGCAUCAAGUUCGAAGAAUUACGAAAAGUCGGAAGACCCGUUGUAUGUGUUGGAAAACUCUUUGCCUAUCGAUGUCAAUUACUACUUAGACAAUCAGCUCUCCAAACCGUUGAUGAGAAUUUUCGUACCGAUUCUCGGUGAAAAGAAGGCAAAGGACCUUCUCUCUGGUGCUCAUACUAGGACUAUUAAGAUGAGUGCUCCGAAGAGCGGUGGUCUUAUGAGGUUUGCGAAGAAAGCAGAGUUGUGCAAAAGUUGCAGGUCGCCUCUCAAGCCAGACAAUCAUGGGGCGAUUUGUGAGAAUUGUGUUUCCAAAGCUCCUCAAUUAUAUUCUGAGACCUUAGCCCAAAUGAAUUAUCUCGAGAAUAAAUUCUCCAGAUUGUGGACCGAGUGCCAGAGAUGUCAAGGUUCGUUGCAUCAAGAAGUCCUUUGUUCCAAUAAUGACUGUCCCAUAUUUUACAUGAGAAAGAAGGCUCAAAAAGACGUAUCACAGCAGGCACAAGAAUUGAAGAAAUGGGAUGCUACUGUGUGGUGA